AUGUCACUGCAGGGUUCGAGUCUCGACGCAUCCUUGUCCCGUUUGUCGGUCGUCGGAGGAGUUCUUAAAGAACGGCCUAAUUUCCUCCAGGUCGGGCGGGCGCGCCAUGGCGGCGCCGGGCGAGCAGCUGGACGCGUCCCUGGGCGACGCCAGCACCAGGAGCGCAUGCAGGAGGCCCUGCAGGAGCGCGAGGGGCGCAUGCACGAGGCGCUGCGCCAGCACGAGCAGCGCAUGCAGAGCUUCUCCUGGCUGGGGCGGUACCCCGCGGGUGGGAGAUACCUGCCUACGGUAGCGGGGGAGAGACCACAGCCACCUCCCGAGCAAAAUAAGCAUCUAAACGACGCCCUGCGCCAGCACGAGCGGCGCCUGCAGGAGCGCAUGCAGGCCGUCGUGGACCAGAUGGAGCUGAACAACGCGGCGGUGCGCGCCCUGGAGGAGCGCAUGCGCCGCGUGGAGGAGAACAUGGAGCUGCUGGAGGGCCACCUGCCGCUCUUCGAGGAGCUCGACCCCCGGCAGCAGCAGCAGCAGCCGCCCCCGCCUCCGCCGCUGGAAGACCCGGAGCGCCAGGGAGCUUAGGCGACGUUUCCGAGCUGGGAAAUCCGUUAGUUCCUCAACCGACCUAUAGCGUUUUUUUUUUUUUUAAUUUUCAACUCGCUCGUGUUCUUGUGUUUUGUGGAAACCGUCGAGGAAAAAAUGCCUUGAAAGUCGGGGGGCUUAAGCAAACAAAUAUUCCCUUCACUUCGCUUGGAUCUCUGACUGGCAAAAUCCGUUAGUUCCUCAAUUUACCUCCUAUUUUCCACUGCAGUCCACUCUGUUUUUUUUUUUUCUUUUAACUUUUUUUAUCAAUACCCCUUGUUCCUCUAAAUUGUUAAGAUCCACACCUUAGUGUUGAAUCCAAACAUUGUACUUGGCAAAGGACCUAUUGGAAAUAUUGAAGGAAUGGGGGAAUUAUUGAGAGAGCUGAUAUGAGAAAUCUUUUAGUUCCUGAAACAACCUACACUGCCUUUUUUGUUAUUUUCAAUUCACCGAAGUUCUUGUGCAUUGUGGAGAAAGUUGCACUGAAAGUCUGAAGGCUUAAGCAAACCUUUAUUCCCUUUCUGGCUCCUGGAGAUCUGAGCUGAGAAAUUCAUUAGUUCAACAAGACUAGACCUGCUGUGAUUUUAAUUUUCACCUCUCGUGUCUGUGUGUUAACGGAGAUUUUUUGAAGAAGUUGCUCUGGCACGCAGGGGCUUAAAGUACAUGGAUUUAUCUCACCUAGAGAUCCUAGGUGAAAAUUCCAUUGGUUCCUCAGCUGAUCUUCUUUGAUGCUUCGUAAGCUGAUCCUUCUUGAGUGUGUUUUUUUUUUUUUUUUUAUGUUUUCAACUCGCUUCUGUUUGUCUGUUUUGUUGAUCUGCCUCCACCAUUACCUUCCUAUUAAAUCCAAGUAAUUACUUGAAGAACAGCGGAGAAUAUGGAGUUGCUCAGAGGCAACUUACUGUAGUUUUAGGAGCACAACCAAUGGCUGAAAGAUCCAGAGACUCAGGGGACUUAAGCAAACAAUGGUUCCCUUUGUUUCACCUAGAGAUCUGAACUUGGGAAUUCAUUACUUCGACUGACCUACAUUUUCUUUAUUUUCAACUCCCUCUUGUUACUCAGUUUUGUCAAGUUCCUUCACUCCAACUUCUAGUUUACUUCGCAAAGGAAUUGCUAGAAAUAUUGAAAUUAGGAAGGAGGAAAUUCAACCUGCAAUCCCAACUGAGAUAUUCAUUAAGUCCUCAUCUGACGCAACUUAUAGUUGUUUUUUUUAAAAUUUUCUUUCCCCAAUUUUUUCUUCAUUUUUUGUCUCCAAUUCCUUUUUUUUUUUUUUCUUUUUUUUUUUUUUUUUUUUCUUUCUAACUUUUUUUCCUCUUCCCUUUUCCUGUUUUGUUGAUUGGGCUGCCAUCAUCUAGUUACUACCUGUUGUAUUCAAGCAUUUACUCAAACAAUGGAAGUGCUAUAGGAGUUGGUCAAAGGCUUGUUGCCAUUGAGAAACACGAGCAGCCAAUGAAAGACUGACGUGUGUCUUAAGCAAAUUAUGAUUCUAUUCCUCUGCUUUGAGAUCUGAGCUGAGAAAUCUGCUAGUUCCUUAAUCGACUGUACAUACUUUUUUUAUUAUUAUUAUUAUUAUUAUUAUUAUUAUUAUUAUUAUUAUUAUUAUUAUUUUAACUCUUUAACAUGUUCCUGUUUUGUUGAGCCAUCACUGCCAGCACCCAGUUACUUUCUGGUGUAUCAAAGCAUUUCAUUUGCAGAGGAAUUGUUGGAGAAAUUGAAAUCCUGUCUGCGAUCUGAACUGAGAAAUCAAUUAGUUUCUCAGCUGAUCCAAACCAAGGCUUUUAAUUUCAAAACUCUGCGUUCCCGUAUUUUGUUGAGAUCCAGUAAUUAUGCUCUCUUCUAUCCAAGCAUUGUACCUUGCAAAGGACUUUUUGGAAAUAUUGAAAUAAUGAAGAGUGAUAUUGUGUGUGAUAAAGAGGCAACAGUAUUAACAAACAUGUUUUUUGCUUGGUUCUUUAGAGGACCACAUGUGUUAUCAGAACAAGAAGAAAAUGACUUUCUUUGUGUGUAUAUUCUAGUUUAUUAUGCCAUGGCAGUGAAAGAAGUUCAGUUGUAGUACUUCAAGAAUAAAAUGAAGUCAUGAAAUAGACAUACUUAAAAGUAAAAAGUUCCCGAGUUUGUUCUAAUAAUCACAUAAGUAAGUUUUGGAAAAUAUGUAUUCCUUUCAGAAAAAUUAUUAUAAUGGCUCAAAAUUCAUUUACACUGAACUUCUUGUUUUGUGCAAUAGAGUACCCUCACAUUUAAAUUGUCCAAUGAUAGGUGGACCAUAAUGGGUUGUUUCCUAAAUGUAUGUUAGUUGAUUAUAACGUGUACUACCUACUUUAUGUACGCACCCUUGCAGAAAUAGUGCAAAUGUUUUCUGAUUGUAUAUCUAUAUAAAUAUCUAUUUUUUUACUUGUGAUUACAAGGUUGCACAAGUUUAUUAAUCUUAUUUUAAAUUGAAAGUAUGUUGUCACUUAAUAAGGUUGUGAAGAUGCACCAGGUAUAAAUAAAAGUUAAUAACGAAAUGUAUCAUUAUUUAUAAACUGCAUGGUGAAUAAAAUAUUUAGAUGCAAUGUAACCCUAGAUUCUCUCAUAAUUUUCCUCUCAUAUAUGUUGAGAGAUACCUUAGUUAAGUAAUUCUUUUUAUUUUCUCUUCUUUAUUCUCUGGACAGUUUUUCCCCAUUUGAAUCCCAAUAUUCAAAAAACAAUAAUUCACUUCAUCCACAAAGUGUUCUUUAGAUAUCAUUUGACAAUGACCAGACACAAUAUUUUUGGAAGGUGAAAUGGUAAUGGACUGUUUGAAUGUGAUCCAUGUUUUCUUAUUAACCAACUCCUUCAACUUUUUAGUGCAGGACUACUUACAAUUGUUUUUGUAGGAAUAUCAAUUAUUUGUUCCUUUGAAAAACGGAAAGAUGGGGAACUUGAUGAUGGUGACUGUACUUUAAAUGCACUUAAAGGUACAUGCUGGCUCUUUUAUUCUCUGGGCUUGAAUUUGUAAGUCUUCUGGCGAUUCACUUCAAUUUUUGCUUCCAAUGCUCCACCUUCUAAUGCCUUCUUUCGAUUUUCUCCUGUUCUAGUGAACGUUUCACCCAUCAGAGAUGGCAUGAAACAACAGCAAACAAUGUUACUGUAAAUUCGGUCAUAUGUUAAAUAGAAUUAGCGUUUCGUCAUUGCCACUGAUAUUUCCACAAGAUUCCAGUAACAUUGUUCAAUAUUACAGUUUACCUUUCAUGCUCUUAUGUAGCAUAUGAGAUCAUGUUAAACAAUUUAGGAACCGACACAAGCACUAUAUCACUAAAAACUCAUGUCUUGUUACAUAACAUCACUCUGGAUUGAGUUGAGAAUAGGUUGCCUCCCUGCACCAGUACUUAUGUCAAUCAAUGAGCUAGAAUAUACUAGAGUACACUGCAGGUUGUAGGUGGUGUUGGCUCAAAGGAAUUCGGCCUAGCCACGUAGUAUAAAGUUAUUUAAUUUCGAUGUCUAAUAACCUGUUAAAUAAAUAAAUAUAUUAAAAAAUAAUCAAUCUUUUCCUUCUUUAUAAGAUA